AUGGCUGCUCCAGAUGAACUCGGUUUGUUGGAGCGGGUUUUUCUAAGGAUUGGGUCGGCAGAAAGUGAUGAACAGCUUGAAAAUGAGCUCGCAAGAUUCCUCACGCCAGUUCUGCUCAAGUUAUCCAGUCAGCAGAAAGGAGUACGAGAAAAGGUCAUGGAGUUACUGGUUCACAUCAACAAACGGGUAAAAAGUCGCCCAAAACUCCAAUUGCCUAUUGAUGCUUUGUUGGAACAAUAUCUGGAUCCGCAGUCCUCACCAUUCAUAACGAAUUUCAACAUCCUCUACAUCAAGCUGGGAUAUCCCCGACUCGACCCUGCCAAGCAAGCAGAAUUGGUUCCCUCGCUGAUCAGUUGUUUGGAGACAAAACCAACCCCUCAACAAGACUGCCUGAUGCAGCUGAUGAUACCAGUGCUGAAGCAUGUCCAGAUACCAAAGGAUGAGAAGGAGAGGAAUGCCAAGUUUGGACUUGUCGACAAGCCCAAGGCUUACGAGUUGAUGCUGAGUUUUAUGCUGGAUUACCUUCUUUUGCCAUACAACUUGAUUGCGCCAAGCCAAGGUUCAACUUCUGCACCUCCACCACCUGGUCUCAGCGAACAGGCCUACAAGAGAGUUGUAGGAGAGACACCACCGUCACCGGAACAGCUGGAGCAGUCCAAGCUUGGUAUUCUGAAGUUCCUUGGUGCGGAGGUGUUUCGUGAGGAGGACAUUGUGUGUCAUUACGUCAUUGCACUCUCGGACACCAGGCAUAGCAUCGCAACAACUGCGGACCUUGAACUCAAAAAGAUCAUUGGAACUUUUGAUGUUGAGAAACCUGCAUUUGUUCAGAAACUCUACAGAAUAUUUCAAGGUUCUGUGCAAGUGAAGGGACAGAAAGUUGCCAAUCCCACUCAAGUCCGGACUCAAGCUAACACUCGAAUACGUCUCAAGAUAUUUCCAUACUUUCUGAAGUCUAGAGAGGCAACUAAUGUGUUCCCUGCAUGCAUACAGGUGAUCUUUGACUGUCUCUAUGGAACCAACACCAACCAGAAGCUGAAGCACAUGACUGUGCAGUUUGUUCAUCACGUCUGCUUCAAUGCAACUGAUGCCAAGUUUAAUUCCGUCGCACCAGUGUUGCUGUCUGGAAUGAUGAAGCUUGUCGGUGAAGCGAAAGAUGACAACAAGUUGCGUGGACUUGCCUACAUGGCCGUGGGGAAGAUCAUCAAGAGGGUACCAAGACUUGUGGCAGAUGACGUGGCUCUCCUUCAAACCCUGUUUGAUGCCCUGUCAAAUGAAGAGGCAGAUACAAGACUCGCUGUGCAGGAGACCUUGUCACUGAUCGCAACAGCCAUAGAGGGGAAGGUCACUGGGAACAAUCUGUCCUUCUUGGAGGCUUUGGUCAUGCAGAAUGUAGAAAAGCCCGAGGCUCAAGCACGUCUGAUGGCAGUCCAGUUCGCCAAGUCAGUCUUUCCAUCAAGUCACAUCCCGUCAAGAUACCUUCUGCUGUUAGCUUGUGGAGAUAGCAAAGAGGAAGUGUACACAGAGGCCAAGAAGGGGCUGCGCCUCCAGCCUUUGUCUGACAAAGCUCUCAUCCUGGGAGAGGAUGCACCAAAGGCCUUGCCGCCAUUCAAGGACAUCAUUGAAUACAUUUUGGAGAAGGCCAACCAGAGGCUAAAGACGACGAAGAAAUAUGUAUCUGGGAACAAUGUUUCACCAUUCAACCCGGGGACAUUUGCCGAGACUCUUAGCUACCUACGAAUGUGCUUGGCCUAUAAUGCUGGUGUGAGGCCAGACCAAGAAGCUGAGGAUAAUAAUCCCCAAGACCAGGCUCCAGCGAUCUCCAAGUUUGUCCAGCAGUUGAUGGAGGAGAGCCCAGGGGAGACCGGGCCGGUGCAGACAUAUGUCAAACUGAUACAGCAGCACCUCACUGCCAUGGGAGGGUCUGGAGCUAUGUACUGUCUGUUGGAGAUUGUUGCUGUUGCUAAGGUUUUCAUGGCCACAAGAUUCACCAGCAAGAUGGACUGGAUCAAGACUUUCAUGUUCAGCAGCCGUGAAGACAUGCGGGAAUACGCAUCCCAGCUGUAUGCCAUCAUCAUUGCCGUCGCUGUCGAUGAUGCCACUUUCGUAAAGCAUAUUGGCGAGUUGAUCAAGAAUCUCAAAGACAAGCCCUUGGAGUGUCAGCAUGGCUCAUUGCUUGCACUCGGCUACAGUGUCAUUCAGAAGGUCCAGUGUCAGAGGCAGGCGUCUGGAGAUGUGGUCAUGGAAGAUAUGGAGGCCGCUCAGGGCCCUGUCAAACUCAACGAUGCCAUAUUCGAAGCAGUCAAAGCAAUUGUUGCCCUAGGAAUAUCAGCUUUGGAAGCACUUUUGAAGGGUGAGAAUGUUUCCAAGAGUAAUAGCCAUAGCCUUCUGAGUACUGGGGCCAUGACAGCCCUGGGAGAGAUUGGCCGGUGUAUGGCAUUACCCCUACCAAAUGGAGAGGAAGCGGACUCCACUGGAAGUGCGGCCACAAAAUACUCCCUGGUUAAAUGUCUUAUAGAUAUUGUGCAGUCAACAAAGCAGAAUAAUAGGGUGCGAGAAAAGGCAUCUCUGACGCUAGGCUACCUGUGUGUGGGCGAGGCUAACUUCUGCCACAGGAGGAAGGUGAUUGAAGGACUUCUAGACUGCGCCCAGCCCAACCAACUCGAGCUCCAUUUCACUGUUGGCGAGGCCCUUGUCUACUGUGCUCUUGGCCCGUUUUCUGCCAUGGCUCGCGACCUCUGGACAGAGGAGGAGAAGGACUUUCAGCCUCUGGUCAAAGACCCUAAGGAGGAACUUGAAUGGUUGGUUGAUCUACUCCUGAAGAAGUACAUCGUACACGUCAAUCCUCACAUCAGACAGGCCGCCUGCAUAUGGUUGGUUGCCUUGGUGAAGAGGUGUGGGACGAGGCCACCGGUCCAGGCUCGCCUACAAGAGAUCCAGCCUGCCUUCAUGAGCAUGUUGUCGGAGAGCAAUGAAAUGAGCCAGGAUGUAGCUUCAAAAGGCCUAGGAGUGGUGUAUGAAAACUGCACAAAGGAACAAAAGGAUGGAUUGGUGUCUGUUCUCGUCAACACAUUGAUGAGUGGAAAGAGGCCCCAAACUCAAGUGACUGGUGAGACGAAGCUGUUUCAAGAAGGAUCUCUUGGAAAGACACCAGAAGGGAGUAACCUAUCAACUUACAAGGAACUGUGUGCAAUUGCUAGUGACCUGAACCAACCUGAUCUGAUCUAUAAGUUCAUGCAUCUUGCCAACCACAAUGCGGUAUGGAAUUCUAAAAAGGGUGCUGCGUAUGGUUUCUCGACCAUCGCCGCCCAGGCUGGGGAGCAGUUGUCUCCAUAUCUACAUCAGAUCGUGCCUAAACUCUACCGGUACCAGUUCGAUCCCAACCCGAGAAUACAGCAGGCAAUGUCAAGCAUUUGGGAUUCUCUAGUCACAGAUUCUAAGAAAACGGUUGAUAAAUACUUGAAAAAGAUUCUUGACGAUCUUCGAGUGAAUCUUACGAACAAUCAGUGGAGAGUGAGAGAAUCAAGUUGCCUUGCCCUGAGUGACUUAUUCCGUGGUAGACAGCUCGAUGAGGUUGUCGACCAGUUCCCUGAGUUAUGGGACACUUGUUUCAGGGUGAGAGAUGACAUCAAGGAAUCGGUACGUCUGGCUGCCGAGUCUGCCCUGAAGGCCCUCAGUAGGGUGUCCAUCAAGAUGUGUGAUCUAAACUAUGGUAAAGUCGGGGAAGAGGCCAUCAGCAUGGUGUUGCCUUGUCUGCUCAAGUCUGGCCUCAUGAGUCAAGUCAAGGAAGUCAGAAUUGUUAGUUUGACCACCAUUCUGAAAAUCAGUAAGAAUGCUGGCCGUCUCCUGAAGCCCCACAUUCCACUCCUUGUUGCUGCUCUCCUAGAAUCGCUGAGUGGGCUGGAACCACAGGUCCUCAACUAUCUCAGCCUGCAUGUGGGUUCGGAUCAGAACACACAAGACAAGCUGGACAGUGCCAGGAUUGCUGCCUCCAAGACAUCACCCAUGAUGGAAACAAUAAAUUUAUGCGUGCAAUAUGUUGAUGAUGGUGUGUUGGCAGAGCUUGUGCCCAGGCUGAUAGAACUGAUCCGAAGUGGCAUCGGAGUUGGAACAAAGGCUGGUUGUGCAAGUUUUGUCAUCUCUCUAGUCCAGCAGUGUCCUAAAGAUGUCGCCCCAUAUGCUGGUAAACUGAUGAGUGCCCUCCUAGCUGGUCUUGGAGAUAGGAACACAUCGACGAGGAAGGCCUAUGCCUCCGCCCUGGCUUACAUUGCCAAGACUGCCAAAGACAGUAGUGUUGAGAAACUUAUAACAAAACUCAAGGGUUGGUACUUGGAGAAAGAAGAGGAAUCUGCCAAGAAGUCUUGCGGUUAUGCCCUGAACGCCAUGUCACGUCAUGCACCAGAUAUACUCAAGCGACAUGCCUCGCUCGCUCUGCCAUUAGCCUUUCUAGCCAUGCAUGAGAAAGUCCCUGAAGACGCAGAUACGAAUUCAACCUCUGAAAAGAAUACCGUAUGGAUGGAGGUCUGGCUGGAUUCAACUCCAGGGACAGAAGCUGGCAUACGGCUUUACCUACAAGAAAUCGUUGCCAUCACCCAGAUAGCUAUCGAGUCCCAGUCGUGGCCGACGAAAGCCCAGGCUGCUAGAGCUAUGAACACGAUCGCUGAGAAGUCCGGGAAUAACCUCCUCCAGCCUCACCUGAACGUCCUGCUCUUAGCUUUGAUAUCUGGUCUCUCUGGGAGGACAUGGGAUGGGAAGGAAGCAUUACUUCAUGCUGUGGCUACUGUGUGUAAGAAAUGCAAGACAACCAUUUUAGAGCGAGAAGCUAACCAGGAUUAUGUCACAGUAGAAACUGUUCUUGAUGCAGUAUAUAAGGAGUGUAAGAAGGAAAGAAUCCCGUACAAGAUGGCAGCGACGGAAAGUUUCUCGAACAUUCUGGAAGAAUUUGAAAUCGAUCGAUUUAAAGAGCUCUUUGAACUGUUACAACCAAUGCUUGGAAAGAAGAAAUCUGACGAUGAUGAGGACAUAGAGAAAACAGUUAAGCUUCAGUUCCAUGAAAGAAGUAUGGAAAGCUUAGGAAGAGCCUGGCCAAAGAUCCCUCAUACUCAGGAUCAAUAUUUUGUUGACUUUAACAAACUUGUUGUGCUGAUGUUAUCAAGUACUUGGAAAGUACAAGUUGCUACUUUGAAGGCGACUUGCAAAGUAUGGGACAGGUUACUGAUGAGCAAAGAGAAACAAAACGCCCUGCCUGACGUCUGCUCUUGUGUGAUUCCUGCACUUUGCCAAUGCCUGGCUGAUCCAAAAUACACAUCUGUCCGGACAGAGACUGUCUCUGUUGUUGAUAAGAUUAUAGAAAAACUAACAGAAUUCGAUGUGAUCAAGUCAGUCCCCGAAGACACCAUUUCCAAGCUGUACGACUCGUUAGAUUCCAUGUUAAAGACCGGCGAACCAGGUAUUGCGGAUCGUAUCAAUGUUACCAAGGCCAAAAUCUUGAGUUGUCGUGAUAUCGAAAUGAAGGACGUCAAGUAAAGAAUGGAGAUAGAAUAUCUCUCAGAACUCUGAACAAGAAACGGCAGUAUUUCUUUGUCUUAUACAGAGAGGUGGCGCACUACUCUGAUUGAAUGAUUGGGCGAUUCCAAAUCUCAUAUUAUGCCAGUUUUUAUUUGGUUUUCUCUUUCUCCUUGUUUAACUUGGUCAUACAGCCUUGAAGUCGUAGGCAAUGUCCAGUAGGACUGGAGCAGGCCCUUGAGCCAUAUCUCAUUUUAGUUACAGUCGCUAUCUAUAAAACAUACAUCAGACAUGCGCGCAAAUAAGAAUUGAAAAGUAGAAUCGGCACUUGACUUACAUAAGCACACCAGCUUGAAGUCUGUGUAUAUCACAUUUUAAUAUGUUGCUUGCUGACAUCGUUAUGCACCAGUACAUGUUUUUCAAAUUUCUCCGUUUAUUUAUGUUUUCUUCGGGACCCAUUCCUUUGAUUUAAUUGCCUGAUAACUUAACAUACAAGACAGCUUUAUGUUGUUCUUAUGACGCAACCCCGACAUUUUGCCCCCGGUUGCAGAUUUUCUGUGAUAUUAGCCCAUUCUGCCAACAGUAUUAAGGCCUUAGUAAUUUAUAAGAUUACAUGUAGUGCAUGCUUUGGUUGCUGUACUUUUGCUUCUUGUUGGCCUGGUUUAUUUUUGAUAGAUGCAUGUUGACCGUUGAUGGAGCUGCUGUGGUGUUGUGGCUCAGACUCUCGCCUAACGGUCACGAGAUCCCUGGUUCGAUUCCCACAGUUGGUGUGAGACUCAAGGCUGGUCUCGUUGUCUAACCUGCCUGACUCCACCCAGUUGUAUGCACAGAUUGUUGCACUGAUCGAGCAGCUCUUCUGAAGUUCCAGUCUGAAGUCUAUUGAAAGGUUUCAGGACAGAACAGGUUGAAGUUUGAAGUCAGUUGAUGACCUACAUAUCAUGGUACCUAUAAGAUAUCGAGACUACAAACCCAAGAGUUUAACUUUAACUUUUUAUUUCAAUAUGGAUAUGGGUCUUUUUUUCUCGUCCGAUGAUUUCUCAUAUGUAGCUCGUUAUGAUUUCAAAACCGUGGUGAAGGUCUUGGCUGAUGAAGUACACCACCAACUCUAAAGGUCUGCAUGUAUGGGAAUCAUUCGAUAUCCUGAUCAUGAAAAUACAUGUUAAACUUAUAAAGAUCUUAUAAAAAAGUAAAUACCAUGACUUGUAUGCUUGAUUUAAGUAUGUUGCGAUUCUUUGGCAAAUAUCUACACUUUCCUCAGUAAUGUAAACCUCAUACUAAAAGUUACAUAAGGAAUUAUGUAAUCCGCCAAAAUGAAAAUUCUGGAGAAAAAAUUCUGAAAAUGUCGCAAUUGACAGUAGUAUGCUCUCAAUAGGAGAAUAUUCACAAUGCUACUUAAUUGAUUUUUCACCAUUUGAUGGUCGGGUAAGCUGUUCUGUAGAAGUCAAACAGAGUACUUGAAUAAAUUUGCUCAAUGUGC